AUGAAUAACUCAACAAACUCCUCUAACAAUGGCCUGGCUCUGACCAGUCCUUAUAAGACAUUUGAAGUGGUGUUUAUUGUCCUUGUGGCUGGAUCGCUCAGUUUGGUGACUAUCAUUGGGAACAUUCUGGUCAUGGUCUCCAUUAAAGUCAACCGCCACCUCCAGACCGUCAACAAUUACUUUUUGUUCAGCUUGGCCUGUGCCGACCUCAUCAUUGGUGUUUUCUCCAUGAACUUGUACACCCUCUACACUGUGAUUGGCUAUUGGCCUUUGGGACCUGUGGUAUGUGACCUUUGGUUAGCCCUGGACUACGUGGUCAGCAAUGCCUCAGUGAUGAAUCUGCUCAUUAUCAGCUUUGACAGGUACUUCUGUGUCACCAAACCGCUCACCUAUCCCGUCAAGCGGACCACAAAAAUGGCAGGUAUGAUGAUUGCAGCUGCCUGGGUCCUCUCCUUUAUCCUGUGGGCCCCGGCCAUUCUCUUCUGGCAGUUCAUCGUAGGGGUAAGGACUGUAGAGGAUGGGGAAUGCUACAUUCAGUUUUUCUCCAACGCCGCUGUCACCUUUGGUACUGCCAUUGCAGCCUUCUAUUUGCCUGUGAUCAUCAUGAGUGUGCUUUACUGGCACAUAUCCCGAGCCAGCAAGAGCAGGAUAAAGAAGGAUAAGAAGGAGCCUGUGGCCAACCAAGAACCAGUUUCUCCAAGUCUGGUUCAAGGAAGGAUAGUGAAGCCAAACAACAACAACACACCUGGCAGUGAUGAUGGCCUGGAGCACAACAAAAUCCAGAACGGUAAAGCCCCCAGAGAUGCUGUGACUGAAAACUGUGUCCAGGGAGAGGAGAAAGAGAGCUCCAAUGAUUCCACCUCUGUCAGCGCUGUUGCCUCUAAUAUGAGAGAUGAUGAAAUAACCCAGGAUGAGAACACAGUUUCCACUUCCCUGGGCCACUCCAAAGAUGAGAACUCUAAGCAAACGUGCAUCAAGAUUGUCACCAAGACCCCCAAAGGUGACUCAUGUACCCCAACGAAUACCACUGUGGAGCUAGUCGGUUCUGCAGGUCAGAAUGGAGAUGAAAAACAGAAUAUUGUGGCUCGUAAGAUUGUGAAGAUGACUAAGCAGCCGGCCAAAAAGAAGCCUCCUCCUUCCCGGGAGAAGAAAGUGACCAGGACGAUCUUGGCUAUUCUGUUGGCUUUCAUCAUCACCUGGGCCCCGUACAAUGUCAUGGUGCUCAUUAACACCUUCUGUGCACCCUGCAUUCCCAACACAGUGUGGACAAUUGGUUAUUGGCUCUGUUACAUCAACAGCACUAUCAACCCCGCCUGCUACGCACUUUGUAAUGCCACCUUCAAGAAGACCUUUAAACAUCUUCUCAUGUGUCAUUAUAAGAACAUAGGCGCUACAAGGUAAAAACACCUUUAUGGAGAAAGAAGGUGGUCAGGGGAGCUUGGGAAACAGAAUAGGGAAAAAAAAGACCUCCCCAUUUUAAAAAUCUCUGCCAUUGCACUUUACAGUCUUAUUACAGAAUGUGCAAUUAAGGAGCCCAACAGUGACACUUUUAUCGUGCCUAUGCUCCGGUUUGAGAAACCCGCACCUUAUCAAGAAACCCUGUCAGUUCUGGAGCAAUGAGACCAUGAAAGAGACAUGCUGGAAUUAUGGACUUAAAGAACAAUCUACACGUUCUCAUACUCUCUUGAAGAAGGGCUUCUGAAUCUACAGUGUUAUCUCUGCACAAGAAGAAUAAUAACCUCGCUCCUUUUUAUUUCCAUUUUGUUUUGUUCCCGUGUGUCAUAUGAAGCUGAAAUGCCACAGUUACAAGCUAACAUGGAGACUUAAACAUAAAGAAAUAGACAUCACACGAUGGAGAAGUGAAGGAAGAAAUCAAAAGAAAAAAAGGAUAUAGAAAUGGUCUCCACAGUGUUAAGUGUUAAGCAUAUAUUAUUCUUUUGUUACAGUUUUAUUUGGAGAACUGCCAUG